GCGCACACACACACACACACAGAAAGAGAAAGUUUUAAUACUUUCCCUCAGAACUCAAAGUGAAAACCAAACCCAGUGAGGCUUACAAGACUCUGAUGAUGUACUAUCUGCUCAAUUUUUCCAGGCUCAUCUGUCAGGGGCUUCCCUAACAUCUCCCAAAAUGCCACACUCUGUGUCCCUAUUACUAGAGUACUCUCUUCCCCAUUCAUCCUUUCUAUCUGUUCAUUAUGAUUAGUCCUCAAAAUCUCAAGUAGACAUGAUAUCCUCUGACUUCUGGAUGGGCAAGUGGGUUUUGUUUGUUUGUUUGUUUUGUUUUGUUCUUUGCUUGGCUCCAAGAUGACCAAAAAAAGAGGAAACAAUAGUCGUGCCAAAAACGGCCGCAGCCAUGUGCAGCCAAUUUGCUGCACGAACUGCGCCCAGCACAUGCCCAAGGACAAGGCCAUUAAGAAGUUGGUCAUUCGGAACAUUGUAGAGGCCACUGCUGUCAGGAACAUAUCCGAAGCAAAUGUCUUCGGCGUUUAUGUGCUUCCCAAACUCUUUGUGAAGCUGCAUUACUGUGUGAGCUGUGGUAUUCAUAGCAAGGAGGUCAGGAAUCAAUUCUGUGAAGCCUGGAAGGACAGAACACCCCCACCAUGAUUGAGACCUGUUGGUGCUGCACCAUGACCUGCACUAAAGCCCAUGUAAAGAAGUGGCUUCAUAAAGACAGAAGAAAAAAAUACCUUGGAAAAAUAAAAUGGGACUUUAAAAAAAAAAUCUAAA